GGAAAAAUCUGAUUCACAACCUCACCAACUGACAAGGCAUCUUAAGUUAGUUCCACAUGCUCCACCUCGAUAUUGCUCGUUCAAUUUUUUCACGAUAUGGAAACACUGCUCCAAAGACAUCUAUGUUCAAAUAUUGAUAACCCGAACAUUUUUCCUGUGUUACAAAUGAUCCAGGUUGACAAAAGUUAAACAGACUUUUUAUGAUGAUUGAGACAAUUAGUAGCCGAGGUUAAGAGAUGUUGUAGUCUCUGAGCUGGAUGGUUUAGUUGUAAAGCUUUCACUCGUUUUUUGACAUCAUAUAUUUCUUCUCAAAGUGUAUGUUCAUGAUAUCCAGAAUGCUAGUGAAAGCUUCAUGGAUUUUUUGAUUCUAUUUGAAUAUCUCAUCAUAUACCAAAACAAAGUUUAAUGAGAUGUUUACUACUACACAUUUCUCUUUAUAUCAUGUUGAAAAGUAGUUUAGUAAUCAUGACAUGAAUGUGUGGUAAUGAAUUAAAUCCAACUUUUGUGUAUGUGGACAUCAAUUUUCAACAGUACUUUAUAUUCGCCUUUCUGUUGUACCUUACAGAUUAGUUCAGUAAUGUACAAAAGAAAUCGAAGUAGUAAACAUCAGGAGGGUAAAUCUGCUAACUCACCAUUUACUAGUAAUAAAUUCAAAGUAAUUGCUGAUAAGAAAUAUUUGUGUAAUGGAACUCCUUUAUCUCAUGAAUCAUUUCAUGCAAAUGAAAUACCAUUUAUAAAUAGUUCAUCAUUUACACCUGCUAGUUCUACACUAACAUCUUCAUUGUACAUGGAGAACUUGUCAAGAAAAAUAUGGGAAUUUUAUAAUAAUACAAAACAAAGUUCAUUACAGUAUGAAAAGAAAGUUCGUCUUCUUAAUGCUUUGCAUACAGUUGUAUCAGGAGUGUUUGAAAGUGCUGGCUUAUAUAUUGUUGGUUCUUCAAUAAAUGGUUUCGGUUCAAUCGGAAGUGAUAUGGACAUUUGUUUACUUGUAACAUCACGCAAUCUGCAUCAGAAAAAAGAAGCUACUUUUAUAUUAAGUCGAAUUUUACAAUCUUUAAGAAUGUGUCGUUUCCUUCAUAAUUUCUCAAUGAUUCAUGCUAAAGUUCCAAUUAUCAAAUUUCGUGAUAAAUAUUCCAGUGUGGAUUGUGAUUUAAAUGUUAAUAAUGUUAUUGGAUUAUAUAAUACACAUUUAUUAGCUAUGUAUGCAAAAAUUGAUUGGCGUGUUAGACCAUUGGGAAUUUUUAUAAAAUAUUGGGCUCAAUGUUGGAAUAUUCAUAAUGCUCAAUAUGGUCGUCUAUCUUCUUACUGUUUAAUUCUAAUGCUUAUUCAUUAUCUUCAAACUGCCUGUGAUCCACCUGUUCUGCCGAAUUUACAAGAAAAAUUCCCAAAAUUAUUUCACUACACUAGCGAACCAUGUGAAUUAGACAUGAAUUGUCAACUUCCAUGGCAUGAAUUACAAUCAAAGAAUUCAUUAAGUUUAGCAGAAUUAUUCACCGGAUUUAUUGAUUAUUAUACAAAUACAUUUGAUUUUACUAAAUCGGCUAUUUCAAUACGUUGUUGUACAAAAUCAUUAUUGAAGAAAAAUGUAGCUAUGAAAAAUGUACCAUCUCAUGAACAAGGUCAAUUCGGUUCGAAGUUUCGCAAUUGUAAAAUUUUCAUUGAAGAACCAUUCUCGCAAACAAACGUUGCACGAUCAGUACACUCUGAUGAUAUUGUAUCACAAAUUAAACAAGCAUUUUUUCAAACCAAUGAAAUUCUCUCUGGUCAAUAUCCUUUAGAAUCCAUUAUGGAAAAGAGAAAUAGUUGAUUUUGAAAUGGACUCAAUGAAUGAACAAAUAAAUCAAAUGAAUAAUCAUGUAUCGGAUGGAUUAUAUAUAUAUAUAUUCAUGAAAUCUUUCUUUCAGUGUGUCAAACUCUCACUCUCUCUCUCGGAUUAGAUUUCCGUAAUCUUUAUUGAUUUAUUUAUUUUUAAUUACCGCUAAUACUUCCACUAACUCUAAUACUACUACUGCUACUACUACUACUAAUACUAAUACUACUACUGUGUGUGUUCUAAUGUGGUAUUACGCCAACUGGGACUGAUGUAUCCACGUUAGUGCGUACCUACGUACGUACGUCGGUACGUACGAAGUUCUACGUUGUAGCUCUGGUUGACUGACAAAAUUGUCUCCUUCUCUCUCUCUCUCUAUGAAUGUAAUAAUCUAAGUAUUAUAUAUAUAUAUAUAUGUCUACAUACACUCUAAUAGAGGAGCUACUGUUGAUUUCUAUUUUUGUAUUUUCAAGAAUCGAAAGCAUCUGUUUGAUGUAUAUACAUAUUUGCAUGUAUUUUUAUCACGAAUCUUUGACUAUUUUGCUUCGGCGUUGUACAUAAAAAGCUCUUUUUGGAUUUUAUUCUGCAGGAAUUUCAAUUUUUUUUAAAAUUUGGUUUCUGCAUUUCUGUUCUGUUUACAGGAUUCUUUCGAAAAAGGUGUUUGUACAUAUCUAUUGUUUUUUUUAUUGUUGUUCUGUUAUAUCUCUCUGUAGUUUUUGGAUGAAUUCAAAUUUUUCUUCAAAAAAUAAACGAUGAAAAACACAGAGGUUCUCGACCGUAGCU